CACUGAUAUAUGCGUUUUAACAGCUUGCGCAACACGAAUGUUGAACACUAUAUUGUAUGAAAGUUUCUGUCGCUAAAUAAAGUACACUAUAUAUAAUGUGUUUACAUUCUUUCGUGACAAGAAUUUUAUUAAUCAGAAUGUGGUGAAAUGAAUAAAAAUAUAGUUUAAAGUUAUUUGAAUAUUGAUUAUGUACAUUCAAAAUAAAACAUGGUACAAUGUUUCGUGCCCGGAUGUCGGAACCGAUCAGACACCCAGAAUUGGAAAAGAAAUACUCAUAGGUCAAAUAAUGUAAAAGUUUCAUUUCAUAGAUUUCCAAAGGACCCUAGUAUAUGGUUACAGAUAUUAGGUAUCACAUCAUUAUUGGUUUCAGAAAGAUCUCGUAUUUGUUCUGUUCACUUUGAAGAAAAAUGUUUUGAUAGAAAAGGUUGUUACCCUCAACUUAGACCUAAUGCAUUACCAUCUAAAACCAUUAUAACAGAAAAGUUAUCUAAUCCUAUUAAUGAAAAUGAAUUACCCAUUGAUGACAUCAAUCCAGCUGAAUUAUCGCCUGAUACAGUACAAUCUAUGGUAUUACAAAAAGAAGCAGUCACUCCCCUGGAUGAUAUUUCUAAUUCACUUGAUAAAAGUCUAUUAUCACCACAACCAUUGAUAUCAAAAGUGGAUAAGGGGACAAUGGUGUCACCUUUACUAAUUUAUAAUUCCCCAGAGAAAAUAAGAUUAAGGGAAAGGAUUAAAUUUGUAGAAUCUGAGUCUAGGAAAAAAGUACGAGCUUUACAACAACAAUUACGAAGAAAAAGUGAUCAAAUUUUGAAGCUAAGACACAUUUUAAAUACUUUAAAGGAUAAAAAAUUGUUAAAUAAACAUCAAGUUGAAAUGAUACAAACGUUAGGUGGAUCAAAUGAUGAUUCAGUAUCUAAUGAUGACUGAAAGUACAUAAAUUUUUUUUAACUAUUGUGAUACAUUAAAAUCAGUUUGCAAUUCUUUCGGAAAUAUGCAAUUUUGAUCGAUGAAGUCGAUGGAUUUA